AUGUCUAAUCCUGAAUUCAGAUCGUUAGGUUGUUCAAAAUGGUUGGCUGAAGCUUUGAAUGCGAUGAAAAUCAUCCAACCAACGGCCAUUCAGAAGGCAUGUAUCCCAGAGAUCUUAAAGGGCCGUGAUUGUAUUGGUGGAGCCAAGACUGGUAGUGGUAAAACAAUUGCAUUUGCAGCUCCCAUGCUAACCAAGUGGUCCGAAGAUCCUCAGGGUAUGUUUGGUAUUGUUUUGACCCCAACAAGAGAACUUGCAAUGCAAAUAGCAGAACAGUUUACAGCAUUAGGAAGUGCAAUGAAUAUCAGAGUAGCUCUAGUGGUUGGUGGUGAAAGUAUUGUGCAGCAGGCAAUUGAACUCCAGAAAAGACCACAUUUUAUAAUAGCAACCCCGGGUAGACUAGCCCAUCAUAUUUUGAAUAGUGGUGAAGACACCGUCGGUGGAUUAAAAAGAGUAAAAUACUUGGUGCUAGAUGAAGCUGAUAUUCUUUUGACGGAGACAUUCAGUAAGGAUCUUGCAAAAUGUGUGGGUAUUCUACCCCCAAAAAGUAAAAGGCAAACUUUACUAUUUACAGCAACUAUGACAGAUCAGGUAAAAGCUCUAGCCGAAGCACCUCAAAUCGAAGGGAAACUACCUGUAUUUUCCUUCCAGGUUGAAUCUGUUGAUGACGUUGCAAUUCCGAAAACACUAAAAACCACAUAUUUAUUGGUCCCAGAGCAUGUUAAAGAAUCAUAUCUGUAUCAGAUAUUAACUAGUGAAAAUUAUGUUAAUUCCAGUUGCAUUAUAUUUGUUAACCGUACUGUUACAGCAGAAAUUCUCAGAAGAACUUUAAAGGCUUUGGAUAUACGAGUCACAUCACUCCAUAGUCAAAUGCCUCAACAAGAAAGAACAAACUCUUUGCAUAGAUUUAGGGCCCAAGCGGCCAGAGUUUUAAUUGCUACAGAUGUGGCAUCUAGAGGUUUAGAUAUUCCGGUAGUCGAGCUUGUGGUAAAUUAUGAUAUACCAGGAAACCCAGACACAUUUAUUCACAGAGCUGGUCGUACUGCUCGUGCUGGGCGUCAAGGUGAAUCGUUAUGUCUCGUUACAGAAAAGGACAUUCAAAGAAUCGAAGCUAUCGAGGAUAGAAUAAAUAAAAAAAUGGAAGAGUUCACUGAUGUUGGUGAUACUGCUGUCAUAAGGAAAUCAUUGUCAAAGGUUACUACUGCGAAAAGAGAGAGUCUUAUGGCAAUGGAUAAAGAAGGUUUUGGAGAGAGAAGAAAAAUGCAGAAGCGUAAAGAAGAAAACAAGGGAAAAAGCCAUAGACGCUCUUAA